AUGAUCAUCAUCGUUCAAGCGAUUCUUGCUCUACUCCCGGAUUUUGACAGAGCCAAGCCCUUCACCCUCCACUGUUCUCUUCUUCUCCUUGUUCUUUGUUAUGCUUUUGCUGGUGGAAUGAUCUUCAAUCGAUUGGAAGCUGAUGCAUUAAAAGAACAUCAAGACAAGGAGCUAAUGACAAAGAUUGAUUGCAUCAAAAAGAAACUCUCGCUGAUCGAGCAUCUUCCUCAUAAAGACAAGCGAGCGAUCAACGCAACUGCUUAUCGAUUAUCGCCUUGUUUCACCCCGGAGAAAGAUGAGCGCUCGGAGUGGAGUUUUGUGACGGCCACUUUGUAUGGAUUUGGAAUUGUGACGACUUUGGGCUACAAUCGAAUAGCCCCAAUCACUCAAGCGGGUCGAAUUUUCUGCAUCGCUUACGGGAUUUGCGGGAUUCCGAUUACGAUGAUCAUCAUCGCUAAUGUCGGUCAAUAUCUCAAUCAAUUUGCCGGUGAUUCAAGAAGAAUGCUCGAAGAGUAUCGACAACGGCGCAGAAUGUCAAAGGCUUCGUUGAGUGGUGAAGAAUAUAAAGAAUCUUCAAUUCAAGUGACCUCGCUAGUUCUGUUAAUUGUCUUCUUGUUAUAUGUGGCUCUUGGAGCUCUGUUGUUGCCAGCUUUGAAUGGCCAGGUCGAUUUCCUAAACGGGCUUUACUACAAUUUUCUGUGUUUGACCGCGAUCGAUUUCGGGCAACUCGUCCCAUCAAAAGUGGUAUUUCUCCCAAUCACUUUCCUCUACGUUUGUCUAGGACUUGCUAUCACAACCAUUGCUAUUGAUAUUGGCUCGGAGUACAUGAAAAAGUUGCAUUAUCUUGGGAAAAAGAUGAAAGACGCCGCGCAGACAAAGAUCUGGUUUGGUGGAAAGGCAAUGAAAGUGAAAGAUUUGCUGCACGCGGUCGGCAAAAAAUGUGGCAUCGAUCCGUCAGCGAUCGAUGCUUUGGAUUUGGAGAAUGUUGUUGAGCGAACUAUUGCUAUUGCGGAAGGCAAAGAACCACCACCGGAUAUUAAUGAGGAUGAGGAGGAGCCACCAAUUGAGCCAGAACCGAGAAGUGAACCAAUGAGUCCUGAGAGUCCAGAGCAAGAAGAAGCCCCGCUAUUGACGAAUCAAUCGACUCCAAAGAAAACACCAAAGACUUCAAUAUGUAGCCAAGCUCCUUCACUGAUCGAACCGGAUCUGAUAAUCCGAAAUCCGACAUUUCAAUCUCUAUCGAACGAUUUGUAUAUUUGUUCUCCUGUAGAAGAGACUCAACCCUCUUUUCCCGAAUCGAUUCGCUUAGAAAUGCCGGAGGAUUUCGAUGAUGACGGAGAGCUUGAAGAGGAUAAUCACAAUAUUCAGAAUCUCUCCACACUGAGACCAAAGACUUUACGCCUACAAGCUAAAGUUUUCUACAAUAUAAUGAAACCGCCGGAUAUCAUGGAUGAAGUUGAAUUGCAACAUGUGACAAUCGAAAUCCCAGAUGAAGAGCCGAAACGGCGACGGAGUCGAGUGAGGGAAAGUUUUGAUGAAGAUAGAGUUCCCCGAAAGUUCCGCGAAAAAAAACUCGUUUAUGCGACCGAUGCGAAGAAGUUGUACGAAACAUAUCAAGAGGAAUGGGGACGACUCGAGCGAUUGUCGGCUCGCCUUGGUCCCCGUAGAAAUGGCGAUGAAGGGCCGUCAACAUCCCGUCAACCCUCACCCCAUAGAGAUAGUCGUGAUAGUGGAGAAUCGAGUAAUGUCAGCAGAAAAUCG